AUGCCGGCCCCCGUCGUGGAGGAGGUGCAGGCGGACCUGCAUCUCGAUCAGCAGCUUGAAGCCGUGGGCAAAGCAUUCGAUGCCCUGUUACUGACGCUCUACCGACUUACCAACAGACACAAUGACCUCAAAAAUCACACUGAGGACAUUUUCAAACAGUACACCAAUGUCACCAGAAAGCUUCCCCUUCAAGAUAGACCCCAUGCGAUGGAAGUGCAACAAGGGUUACUGGAUCAACAGAAAGAAUUGUGUCUAGGCCUCGUGCACAACAAAUCCUCAAUCGAUGAACAAUCCCUGAAUUCCAUGGACGUAAUCAAGACGCUCGUUGCACACCAAAAUGUAGACGAAACUGCCACCCGAGCCAUCGCGGCCGGCGUGAAGGGCUAUAAGGCCCUGCUCCGUUCCCAGGAUUCUCAUUCUCAAAUUUCCUCCAACUCCUGCAUGUUGAUAAGAGGCCCAGACCCUUCAGAGUUCCUAGAGCAGGACUUUACCACCAUUGGUGCUCAAGGCAGUCUGCAUUGUCCUUUCUCAAAGCCCCAGACGCCAGUAGGAACCGAGCCAAAGAAUGGCAAGGAUGAUGGCCCUAAGAUCCGUGUUGAUACAUGUGGACAUGCCGAUCUGGACCCCAUCAAGGCUGAACAGGAAGAGCGACGCUCCAGCAUAACCCCCUCCGCCGGAACCUCUUCGAGUCGAUGCCCCAUCUCCCGUUGCCCGAUCCGAUUCUUGGAUAAGCAUUCGCCAGAGGAAAUCGCUGAAUACGUGGAGAGACACAAGCAUGAAAUUCCACGAAGUCAUGCCAUUUGUGUGAAGCGAUACCAAAAGGAUCCUCAGAACAUGCGGCAACUGGAUGCAAAGUAUGGUGGAUUGAUCAAUAUGAUCAGUGGUCUCUCAGUCAAACAUCAAGCAUUCCUUCCAACCCGUGAAGAAAAUGUAGGUGGUAAUGGACAUGCUACGGAGAAGUCUGCAUCUACCGAAAGAGUAGAGAAAUGGGCCGAGAACGUGGAUCUGGCCAGCGAUGGGCCUGCACCCGCCGAACCCCCAAAUGAGCCCCAGAAUAAACCUGAAGCCGAUGAUGAUAACCGUGAGAGUCGUUUUGAUCGUCCCCUCCGCGAGGUUCGUUUGGGUGAAUCCCCAAGCCGGCCUUGGGGUAUUCACGUACCAAUUACAGAGCAGACAAAUGCCUCCCUUCCUUUCUCUGGAUCCGUACCUGGUCCGACGUCUCCCGAACCUCGACCUGUCGAUCCCCUCGAUAAAUCUCACCCUGUCGAAUCCCCCGAUAAAGCGCCCGCCGAUGGGCCAGUUAAGCCAGCUGGUCGUUGUCCAUUUGGGCAUGGUGCCCCUAAACCAAAAGCCACAGAGCCUGCACCCCCCGAGCCUCAUGCCGCUACUACUGGCCUUGCGGCUACUGCCCCCGACGCCGAACCACUCGCACCACUUUGGGCUAACAUGCCACCCUGGGCAACGGGCAAAGAUGCAAAGGACAAAGACGCAAACGCCCAAGCAGACCCGAAGCCCAUGCCAUCCCAUGUUACGUUCAACGGUCCCGUGUUUUUCGGCUACUCUGCUGAGCAAACUGUUAGCUUAUUGCAGCAGUUUCACGACUUAAACCUCGGCAGGCCUUCAUCUUAA